AUGAACGCCGCUUCUGGUUCUCGCUCAACAAUGGCAGAUCGUGUUUCAGGAAGAAAUGAAGAGGCACUUCGCAGUAUCAAUUUGGGCCGUGAUCACGUGAAUUUAGGUGAUUAUAGCCAGGCCAUUGAUUAUUUCAGAAAAUCUUUAGAGUUGGCAAAGGCGGUCGGUGACCAAGCAGGUUUGGCAGAAGCCAAUUUCUAUAUGGGUGAUGUUUACCAAAAAUUAGAAGACUAUGAAAAUGCCGUUAGCUGUUUGAAAGACAGCUUAGAUAUUAGCACGACUAUCGGCAAUCAAUUAUUAAUGGCAGAAAGCAAUAGCGCUUUAGGUAGUAUUUAUGGGAGUUGUUUAAAAAAGUGGGAAAUUGCAAUUGAAUAUUAUAAUGCAGAAUUAGGGUUGGGAGCAACCAUUGGUGAUCAAAAGCAAAUAGCAAAGGUCAAUUGCAAUUUGGGCAUUUGUUACCAUGAACUAGAAAGAAAUGUAGAUGCAGUUCAAUGUUUCAAAGAAAUGUUAAGACUUAUGAGUGCGAUUGGCGACCAGAAAGGAAUAGCUGAGAGUAAUAGCCGUUUAGGCCAGAUCUAUUUUGGUUCCAGUGAAUAUGAAAAUGCAUUUGCUUAUUUCAAACAAGCAUUAAACAUAUAUAACGCUCUUGAUGACAAAAAUGGAAUUAAAGAUAUCAGUAUCAAUUUGGGCCGUGUUCACUUAAAUUUAGAUCAAUAUUGCAAGGCCAUUGACUGUUACGGAAAAUCUUUAGAGAUGGCAAAGGCGGUCGGUGACCAAGCAGGUAUAGCACGAGCAAAUUGUCAGUUGAAUUGUGUUUACCAAAGAUUAAGAGAGUAUAAAAAGGCCAAAAGCUAUUUGGAUGACAGCUUUAAAAUCGGCACGGCCAUUGAUGAUAAGUCAGUAAUGGCACAAAUCAACUUCAGUUUAGGUAAUAUUUUUAGUUCUUUCAAAAAGAAGUAUGAAAUUGCAAUUGGCUAUUACAAGAAAGCAUUAGAAUUUUCCAUUGCAGAAGGCGAUCAAAGUUCAGUAGCCAAGAUCAAUAACAGCUUGGGAUCUUGUUACAUUUCACUAGGAAAAUUUGAUGAGGCUUUCAUUUGUCACAAAAAGAGUUUAGAAAUAGCCAAUACGACUGGAAUUCCAUCAGCGAUAGCACAAGCCAAUAGACACAUCGGUGUUUUAUAUAGACUGUUGGGUGAUCAUGAAAAAGCCAUUGAACAUGGUAAAAAAAGUUUAGAAAUAAGCACUGAUAUUGGCGAGUCGCUUCUGAUGUCUUAUAGUUAUCAUGAUCUUGCAAGUGUUCAUCGGCGUUUAGGACAGCAUAAUGUUGCAUCAACAUAUUUAGUAAAAUCUAUUAAAGUUCUUGAACAGCUGUUCCAAAAUACGGUUCCAGAUGAAAACAAACUCUCCUUCACAAGAAUACACUCUAGCGCCCAGAGAGAUUUAACGAGUUGUUUUGUUUCUCUAGGCCGCUAUGAAUCCGCACUAUUAGUGACUGAUCUGGGUAGAGCUAAAGAGCUCCAUUUUUUUAUUGAAAGAAAACAUUGUGAAAAUUAUUUAGAUACAGAGUUGUUCCCUUACGCACAAUCUGUUUGGAGCAAAAUCGAGAACGGGGAGGAAAAUCUAGAAAUAGAGCGAAUACAGAAGAUUCUUCGGGUAGAAAGUGAUGAAACAUCAGUGGUGUUAUUUUCUUUUGAAAGUAAAAGUUCUCUGAAUGUUUGGGUUUUGAAUAGUGAUGUUACCUUUAAGUGCCUAAUGUCAAAUGAAGCAUUGAAUACAUUGGAGUCCCUGAUGACUCAGUUUUCCACAAGGACGAGUGUCAAUGUCAAUCGAGAUUCUUCAUUUUUUAAACCUAAUUCACUUGCGAAUGAACAUAGUUUUGAAAGUCACAUAAUCUCACCGCCAAACAAGCCGUCGAAACGAAAAAAGUUUGCAGGCUUGCAGGAAAAAAAUCCGAGCGCCGAUCAUCUCAGUGAUGAAACUAUUUUACGAAAACUGUUCCAUUUUCUUAUUCAACCGAUAAGAGAUGCCAUCAAAGGAAAUAAGCUCAUUGUUGUUCCUCACGGGCUACUGUUUUUUGUACCAUUUUCGUCCCUGAUUGAUGAAAAUGAUCGUUAUUUAUCUCAAAGUUACAGCAUUCAAGUAACGCCCUCAUUACACACUCUGACCUUUACCAAAGAACACCCCCAUGACUCUGACCUCGGGUUUGCGUUGUUUGUUGGUAAUCAAAAAGUUGGGAAGAUUUCUUUGUAUGGCACAGAUUUCACACCUACUGACCUACCCAAAGCGGCUGAAGAGGUUGCAAGUCUUGCAAAGCUUUUCGCAGCAAGGCCUCUGGUAAAAGGUGAAGCGAAAAAACAGGUUGUUCUCGGACUUUUAAGUGGUGCUAGUAUAAUUCAUAUUGCUGCUCAUGGUGAACCGAAGAGAGGUGAAAUAAUUCUUGCUCCUGACCUUUCUUUAAAUGAACCAUCUUCUUCUCUUCUAAAUCCAGCUUCAUAUCUCCUCACACAGAAUGAUAUUACGAGUAUUUCAUUGCAAGCUCACUUGGUCGUCCUAUGCUGUUGUCACACAGGGCAAGGUAAGAUUUCUUCAGAAGGUGUCAUGGGUAUAGCCCGAUCUUUUCUUGCUGCUGGAGCUCGCUCUGUUCUCGCCACACUAUGGCCCAUUAGUGAUGAUGCUACAAAGGAGUUUAUGAAAGCAUUCUACGGCGAACUGCUUCAGGAAAUACCAGUUUGUGAAGCUUUAAGAAGGGUAAUGAACCUCUUUCAACAACACGAAAGAAAAUAUUACCGAUCCUUUUUUAUUUGGGCUCCAUUUAUUCUCUAUGGAGAGGACGUGAUGUUUACAAGGUGUGACAUUGAAACGAUAAGAGAGAAAUCUGAGAAAAUGUUUUCUGGUUUUGUUGUAUUGCCAUCUGAUGAGCAUACUGGUUCGUUUGAAAAUCUUAAUCUGCAAUAA